GGAGGUGGGGGAGGAGGAGGAAGAGCCGCCGCCCGCCCAGCCCGAGAUCUAGAGGCCGCGCCAGACCGCGGGAGAGGCCGAGCGGGAGCCGACAAGCCACGGCCCGAGCGCACCGCGCGGGACCGGACGCCUCCCGGAGAAGAUGAAUUUACAACUGAUUUUCUGGAUUGGACUGAUCAGUUCAGUUUGCUAUGUGUUUGGCCAAGCAGAUGAAAAUAGAUGUUUAAAAGCAAAUGCCAAAUCAUGUGGAGAAUGUAUACAAGCAGGGCCAAAUUGUGGAUGGUGUACAAAUUCAACAUUUUUACAAGAAGGAAUGCCUACUUCUGCACGAUGUGAUGAUUUAGAAGCCUUAAAAAAGAAGGGUUGUCAUCCAGAUGAUAUAGAAAAUCCCAGAGGUUCCAAAGAUAUAAAGAAAAAUAAAAAUGUAACCAAUCGUAGCAAAGGAACUGCAGAGAAGCUCAAACCGGAAGAUAUUACGCAGAUCCAACCACAGCAGUUGGUUUUGCAAUUACGAUCAGGGGAGCCUCAAACAUUUGCAUUAAAAUUCAAGAGAGCUGAAGACUAUCCCAUUGAUCUCUACUACCUAAUGGACCUUUCUUACUCUAUGAAAGAUGACUUGGAGAAUGUAAAAAGUCUUGGAACAGAUCUGAUGAAUGAAAUGAAGAGGAUUACUUCGGACUUCCGAAUAGGGUUUGGCUCAUUUGUGGAGAAAACUGUGAUGCCUUACAUUAGUACAACACCAGCUAAGCUCAAGAACCCUUGCACAAGUGAACAGAACUGCACCAGCCCAUUUAGCUACAAAAAUGUGCUCAGUCUUACUGAUAAAGGGGGAGUAUUUAAUGAUCUUGUUGGUAAACAGCGCAUAUCUGGAAAUUUGGAUUCUCCGGAAGGUGGUUUUGAUGCAAUCAUGCAAGUUGCAGUUUGUGGGUCAUUGAUUGGCUGGAGGAAUGUUACACGGCUGCUGGUAUUUUCUACGGAUGCUGGGUUUCACUUUGCUGGAGAUGGGAAACUUGGUGGCAUUGUUUUACCAAAUGAUGGACAGUGUCACCUGGAAAAUGAUAUGUACACAAUGAGCCAUUAUUAUGAUUAUCCUUCUAUUGCUCACCUUGUCCAGAAAUUAAGUGAAAAUAACAUUCAGACGAUUUUUGCAGUUACUGAAGAAUUUCAGCCCGUUUACAAGGAACUGAAAAACUUGAUCCCUAAGUCAGCAGUAGGAACAUUAUCUGCAAAUUCCAGCAAUGUAAUUCAGUUGAUCAUUGAUGCAUACAAUUCCCUUUCCUCAGAAGUAAUUUUGGAAAACAGCAAAUUGCCAGAAGGAGUAACAAUAAAUUAUAAAUCUUACUGCAAAAAUGGGGUGAAUGGAACAGGGGAAAAUGGAAGAAAAUGCUCCAAUAUUUCCAUUGGAGAUGAGGUUCAAUUUGAAAUUAGCAUAACUUCAAAUAAAUGUCCAAAUAAGAAUUCUGAAACCAUUAAAAUUAAACCUCUGGGCUUCACUGAAGAAGUAGAGAUUAUUCUUCAGUUCAUCUGUGAGUGUGACUGCCAAAGUGAAGGCAUCCCUAGCAGUCCAAAGUGUCACGAAGGGAAUGGAACGUUUGAGUGUGGAGCUUGCAGGUGCAAUGAGGGACGUGUUGGCAGACAUUGUGAAUGUAGCACCGAUGAAGUUAACAGUGAAGAUAUGGAUGCCUAUUGCAGGAAAGAAAACAGUUCAGAAAUCUGUAGUAACAAUGGAGAGUGUGUCUGUGGACAGUGUGUUUGUAGGAAGAGGGAUAAUACAAAUGAAAUUUAUUCUGGCAAAUUCUGCGAGUGUGAUAAUUUCAACUGUGAUAGAUCCAAUGGCUUAAUUUGUGGAGGAAAUGGUGUUUGCAAGUGUCGUGUGUGUGAAUGUAAUCCCAACUACACAGGCAGUGCAUGUGACUGCUCUCUGGACACGACUUCAUGCAUGGCCACAAACGGACAGAUCUGCAAUGGCCGGGGCGUCUGUGAGUGUGGUGCCUGUAAAUGCACGGAUCCCAAGUUUCAAGGGCCAACUUGUGAGAUGUGUCAGACCUGCCUUGGCGUCUGUGCUGAGCAUAAAGAAUGUGUUCAGUGCAGAGCCUUCAAUAAAGGAGAAAAGAAAGACACAUGUGCACAGGAAUGUUCCCAUUUUAACAUUACCAAGGUUGAAAGUCGGGACAAAUUACCCCAGCCAGGCCAGGUGGAUCCCCUGUCCCACUGUAAGGAGAAGGAUGUUGACGAUUGCUGGUUCUAUUUCACAUAUUCAGUGAAUGGGAACAAUGAGGCCAUUGUGCACGUUGUAGAAACUCCAGAGUGUCCCACUGGUCCAGACAUCAUUCCAAUUGUAGCUGGUGUGGUUGCUGGAAUUGUUCUGAUUGGUCUUGCAUUGCUGCUAAUUUGGAAGCUUUUAAUGAUAAUUCACGACAGAAGGGAAUUUGCCAAAUUUGAAAAGGAAAAAAUGAAUGCCAAAUGGGACACGCAAGAAAAUCCGAUUUACAAGAGUCCUAUUAAUAAUUUCAAGAAUCCAAACUAUGGACAUAAAGCUGGUCUCUAAGUUGCCGGUGAAAAUCCUAUAUAUAAGAGUGCUGUGACAACUGUUGUCAAUCCGAAGUAUGAGGGAAAAUGAGCACUACCUAUACCAAUUUUACAACAUUGAAUGCAAAAUAGUGAAUUUCAUAGUCACAGAGGAAGAUAGCUUUAGGAAACUGUCUCCAUGGGUUUUACUUGUGUAGGUUUUGAAAAUGUAUAAUAUGUAUAAUUAAAAAAUGUUUUUUGUUAUUUUGAAAAUAAUAUUAUAAUCAAUGCCAGGGACUGACAUAAUACUUGAGACAGGAUGGUUAUCCUUGUCAGCUAAGGUCACUUCGUGCCUUUUUUACCUUUUCUUCCUGGACUAUUGAAAUCAAGCUCUUGUUUUAUUAAGUGAUAUUUCUAGAAUGACUGAAAGGACAGUAGUUAAAGUAGUGAGUAUGCUGAGAGUUUCUUUUAAUCAAGUAUUCAAACUGAUUUUUAGCUUUAUAGAUAUGUCAAGUUUUCAGUUAUAAAAAAAAAAAAUCCAAAGUAAUCGUCUUACUAGCUAGCUUAGAAAUUGUUUUAAAUUUAUUUUGCUGUUUUCCUAUUGGACAUGAUUGAUGACAUAUCUGAAAGAUGAAUGAAUAUAUUAGGAGUUAGUUGUGUAAAAUAGUUUUGAAAUAUUUGAUAUGCAAAGGCCAUGGGAAAAUGUCAGUUAAGAAGGGAAAAACAGCUUGAAAAGCUGUGUGCCAUUUUAAGAAUUACUUAAUUCUUGAAACUUUUCAUGCCUUCUCUAUAAAUUCAAGCCUUGGAUAAAAGUAUUGGAAAAUUUUCUGCAAAAAGUUCUUAAUUUAUCAUUAUUUACCUAAAGGCCUUAAAUUACAUAGUAUUUUUUGAAUUGGCAACUUUUGGGUUAUGUUAUUUUGUUUAAAGCCUGGUGCUUUUUAUCACCACUUCUAAUCAUUUAACGUAUUUACAAUUUUGAGGUAAGACGUUUUUUAAUUAGUACUUUAAUUAGUAGCUGUAAAUUUGCCUUUUUAAUGAACAGGUGAAGUUGUACUGUGGCUUAAGCAACAGCUAUCACUGUGCCAGGCAUGCUUUCAGUUAGUGCUGUAUAACAGGCCACUGUACAUUUACUCCUCACUGUUUGAGUUGCCCAUUUGGUUUCAUACUGGUGACAUUCUUAUUUUAAGUGCCUUUUAAUUUUAACAGUUCACUUUUUACAAUGCUGUUUACUGAAGUUAUUUAUUAAAUAAAAAUGCAUAAAAUAACUAA